AUGACAGAGGACCCAGUAACCUUUACUGAAGAGUUGACUCCUGCACGGAGUCCUGAGUCGGUCACGACGCCUGAAAAAAAACCCACUGACAAUGAGAGUAAUGUUGUGAUUCCUCAGAAGCCAGCCCUUGCGUACCUCACUGUUUGCAUAUUAUGUUUGUUUGUUGCAUUCGGUGGGUUUAUUUUCGGUUGGGACACCGGUACCAUCGCAGGGUUCAUAAAUCACACGGACUUCAAAGAGAGAUUCGCUGAGGUUGACGGGAACGGCGCGCAUAACUUCUCCGACAACAGAGUCGGGUUGAUUGUUUCCAUCUUCAACAUUGGUGCCGCUAUCGGUGGUAUUAUCUUGUCCAAGUUGGGUGACAUGUACGGUCGUCGUCUUGGUUUAAUGAUUGUCACCAUCAUCUACGUUGCCGGUAUUAUCGUUCAAAUUACCUCUAGCACUAAGUGGUACCAGUACUUUGUUGGUAGAAUCAUUGCAGGUAUGGGUGUUGGUGGUAUUGCCGUCUUGUCGCCUAUGUUGAUCUCCGAAACCUCUCCUAAGCACUUGAGAGGUAUCUUGAUCUCCAGUUACCAGUUGAUGACUACCUUGGGUAUCUUCUUGGGACAAUGCACCAACUAUGGUACCAAGAACAGCUACACCAAUGCUAUCCAAUGGAGACUUCCUCUUGGCCUGGGAUUUGCAUGGGCGUUCCUAAUGAUCUUCGGUAUGUUGUUCGUUCCAGAAUCUCCACGUUACUUGGUCGAGGUUAACAAGAUCGAAGAGGCCAAGAGAUCUUUGGCUAGAUCUAACAAGGUUCCAAUUGACGACCCUGGCAUCCUAGCCGAGUUGGACGAGAUCCGCGCUGGUGUUGAGGUCCAAAGACAGGCCGGUAGUGCCACCUUGGGAGAACUAUUCUCCACCAAGACCAAAGUCUUGCAACGUCUUGCCAUGGGUGUUAUUAUUCAAUCUUUGCAACAGUUAACCGGUAUUAACUAUUUCAUGUACUAUGGUACAACCCUUUUCAAGGCUGUUGGUUUGGAAGACUCUUUCCAAACUUCGAUCGUUUUGGGUGCCGUGAACUUCGUCGCUACCUUCGCUGCCUUCUACUUAGUCGACAGAUUCGGUAGAAGAAGAUGUCUAUUGGGUGGUGCCGCCUGGAUGGCCAUUUUCAUGAUUCCUUACGCUAGUAUUGGUACCAAGGCAUUAUAUCCAAACGGACCAGACAUGCCUUCCUCAAAGCCUGCAGGUAAUGCGAUGAUUGUUGUCACAUGUUUGUACCUCUGUGGUUUCGCCACCACCUGGGCACCACUUGCAUACGUUAUUGUUGCUGAGACCUUCCCAUUGAGAGUGAAGGCUAAGGGUAUGGCUAUCUCCACCGCAGCUAACUGGACUUGGAGUUUCUUGAUCAGUUACUUCACCCCACACAUCACCAGAGCUAUCCACUUCAGAUAUGGUUUCGUAUUUGCCGCGUGCUUAGUCUUCAGUUUCUUCUACGUCUUCUUCUUCGUGCCAGAGACUAAGGGUAUCACCUUGGAGGAAGUCGAAGAGAUGUGGCAAGAAGGUAUCCCACCAUGGACCUCCAGCUCUUGGGUUUCCGCAUCCAAGAGAGACGAAAACUAUGCCGAGGAAGCCAUUGACCGUGCUAAGAAGCCUUGGUACAAGAACUUCUGA